CAGGAUCUUGCUAAAACCUCCCGAUGCCCCGGCCUCACUUGCCUCCAGGCCCGUCUCUGGAUAUCCCACUGUUCCCUCCCUCUCCCGCCCACGUCUCUGGCCCUGGUGGCUGCGGUGGUUUUCUAGCUGUCCCUCCGCCUCAUGUCCCCUCUCCCCUCACUCCGGUUUGUCCCCAUGUGGCAGCCAAGGGACGCACUCAGCAUCACACCUAUUUAAACCCUUCCGACGUGGCUCUUACAAUCAAAGCAAACCUUCACCUGGCGUCGAGGGCCUGCUCGGGUUUUCUUCGGCUUCUCACUGGCUGCUCACUGGCCUGGUCCUUGGCCACCUGGCCUCUCUCCCCGUGUUCCUCAAGCGCUCUGAGCACUCUGUCUCCUGCUCCGGCCACCAUUCAAGUGGCCUCUGCCAGGCGUGCCCCCGGCCAGCACAUCCACCUGUCCCUCCAGCCACUCUGAUGGGCAGACGUCCGGGGGUCCCUGAGGCCCUGUCAGCAGGAGCCCCAGGUGAUUGGGCUGCUGGAUGUGUUCACGCCCGAUGAGACCUUGGAUGAUUUCACAGACUUUUACCUGGUGAUGCCAUUCAUGGGCACCGACCUGGGGAAGCUCAUGAAGCAUGAGAAGCUGAGCGAGGACCGUAUCCAGUUCCUCGUCUACCAGAUGCUCAAGGGGCUGAAGUACAUCCACGCUGCUGGCGUCAUCCACAGGGACCUGAAGCCUGGCAACCUGGCUGUGAACGAGGACUGUGAGCUGAAGAUCCUGGACUUCGGUCUGGCCCGGCAGGCAGACAGCGAGAUGACUGGUUACGUGGUGACCCGGUGGUACCGGGCGCCUGAGGUCAUCUUGAAUUGGAUGCACUACACACAGACGGUGGACAUCUGGUCGGUGGGCUGCAUCAUGGCCGAGAUGAUCACAGGGAAGACGCUCUUCAAAGGCAACGACCACCUGGACCAGCUGAAGGAGAUCAUGAAGGUGACGGGAACGCCUCCCGCUGAGUUUGUGCAGAGGCUGCAGAGUGCUGAGGCUCAGAACUACAUGAAGGGCCUCCCCGAGCUGGAGAAAAAGGACUUUGCCUCCAUCCUGACCAACGCGAGCCCUCUGGCUGUGAACCUCCUGGAGAAAAUGCUGGUGCUGGAUGCCGAGCGGCGGGUGACGGCGGCCGAGGCGCUGACCCACCCCUAUUUCGAGUCCCUGCACGACACGGAGGAUGAGCCCAAGGCCCAAAAGUAUGAUGAGUCCUGUGAUGAUGUGGACCGCACGCUGGACGAGUGGAAGCGACCCCUCCUACCUGGACAGCCGCACACCCCUCUCCUCCUGCCAGCAGGAUCAGGUCCACUCCAGGCAGCCCACAGCACCUCUCCCUUCCUCACAGCCCCUCGCCUGUCCCCUCCAGCCCCACUGAGCAUGUCAGACCCCCUCUACCUGUGCUCUGCACCUCCAGGCUUUGCAUCAGCCGUUCCCUUAGACCGAGGGCCCCUCUCCUCUUCUCUGAGGGCUGCCAACACCUGCUCAGCCUGAGGCUGGGCUCAGGGCCGCCUUCCCCAUCCCUGGCCUCCCUCUGCCGGGGCCCUGACGCUGCACGCUGAACGGGCCUCGUCCAGCUUCACUGCAGCAUGGCACGUGUCUCCUCUCAGUGGCUGCAGGACCCACCUGGGGGAGCAGGGACGGCUGAGGGCAGCAGUUGCGCUGAUGGCGCUGUGACACUGGCUGCCACUGUCCUGGACUCCAUCCUGGCUGUGCCUCAGACCUGGGGCCGUGGUCCUGGACGUAGGGGUAGGGGUGGGGCGGGAUGGGUUGUGCUUCUCAAACCAUGUUCCUCAGUGUUAUUGGGGAGUCCCAGGAGGGCUCUGCCCUAUGCUGCUGUGUUUUGUGCUUGUAAGUUUUCUGUUGCUAAAAUAGGUAACAAAAAAACCCCCAAAAACCACGGGCCACAGGAUCCUCUCUGCGGUCCCAACCACAAAUUGUAGUAAGAGCUUCUGCUUUUACUGCGGACCAUGGUGGACACGUGGCCUGUUUGUAGUUGAGCCCCUGGUCAGGAAUGCAAACUCAUUACCUCCUGUUUCCCCAAGAAAAGACAGCUUUACAGCAAGGGUCUCUCCACACAAACCUUCCCUGUGUGGAUGGGCUCUGGCACCAGGGUUAGAUGAGGGCCUGGGAGGCACCCCGCAGGGUAGCAGUACAGCUGUGCUACGUGCUGGGCAAACCACACAGACCACCUGCUCUAAAGGCACAGUCCUUCCUGAACUGGGCUUGUGGAGUACCAGUGGGGUGGCCAGGCGAGCACAGGUACACGGGGUGGGCGGAGCAGCACUGUCCCUUUGCAGACUGGUCAGAGGGGAGGUGGAGGAGCCUUUGGGACAGCGCGCUCUGGGUACGGUUCAGGGAACGUGAGGAAGCUGGGUGCUGCAGGUGGUCGGUGGGAGUUUCACACUCAGGCGUCGUAGAUGUCCUGGGUCUGGAAGCUGGGGUGUGCCCUGGUGGGAUCCUGAGCAGCGCCACUCAAGUGGCCACGUUGGUUCACAUUCCUAGGCCGUGCUCUUCACUGAGGCAGGCUGUGGGGCCACGGCCACUCCAGGGGCUGCGGGUAUGGGCCCCCACAGGGUGGACAGUCCCUGUGGAUGGACACGGGUGGGCUGAAAAUGGCCGUCGCCUGGGGUGGACUUGCAUGUGUGGGGCAAAGGAGCUCAUCUGGUGUCUGAACCCCAGCGGUGACCUCUGACCCUGUUAUUUUGGGGGGCAGGUGGGCCCUGUGGUCGUGACCCGUGCUCUGGGCCUGGGAGCUCUCCCCUGCCUCACCCUGAGUGGAAUCUCAUGGGACUCAUCGCUGGUCCCGGGAGCACCAGUGAGCUGGCCCGGUGCUUUGUCUUGGUCAGUGGUGCCCAUCCUUGGUGCACACUGUGGAGCUGUCUUGACAGGUGAUGGGCCCCUUCUCCCAUGACUCUGUCCCUCUCA